GGUAAUCGGAGCCCAGACCGGCCAACCUCGGCAGCUGCCGAUGAGGGAACGCGGCGCUACCUUCCCCGGCUGCCCCCGCUUGCCUUCCCUGCUGCUCCGGGAACACCGGGUGAGCAGAGCUGCGUGAAGCCAGCAAGCACUUCAGGCCAUGCAUUCCCCCUGAAAAUAAUCACCAGUGCUUGCAAGAAGUGCCGUGUGCUGGAUCCUGCGGGAUUCUUUUCUUCUUCCCCUCCCUCCUCCAGCCGCCCCCAUCCCUCUCUUCUGCCAGGCGUGCCGGCGUUGUUCUUCAUUUCUGGGAAACCAUGGACAAGAAGCAAGAUUCCAAAGGAUCCUUGGAGCCGCACAAACCAGUGAAAAGCAAGAAGAAACGGGAGCUGAGGAUAACAUGUGUCCCCAUCAAACAGCCCGUCGCCAACACAACGCCCCCAAGGAACCUGGACUCCAGAACGUUCAUUACCAUCGGAGAUAAAAACUUCGAGGUGGAAGCUGAUGACCUGGUGACAAUUUCAGAGCUGGGCCGUGGGGCCUAUGGUGUGGUGGAGAAAGUCCGGCACGCGCAGAGCGGCACCAUCAUGGCUGUGAAGAGGAUUCGAGCAACUGUGAACACUCAGGAGCAGAAGAGGUUAUUGAUGGACUUGGACAUCUCCAUGAGGACAGUUGACUGCUUCUACACGGUCACUUUCUACGGAGCCCUCUUCCGUGAGGGUGAUGUGUGGAUCUGCAUGGAGCUCAUGGACACCUCCCUAGAUAAAUUCUACAAGAAAGUUCUGGAGAAGAAGAAAACCAUCCCUGAGGACAUUUUGGGGAAAAUGGCCGUGUCUAUUGUACGAGCUCUGGAGCAUCUGCACAGUAAACUGUCCGUAAUCCAUAGAGAUGUGAAACCUUCCAAUGUGCUGAUCAACAAGGAGGGACACGUGAAAAUGUGUGAUUUUGGGAUCAGUGGCUACUUGGUGGACUCUGUGGCCAAGACCAUGGAUGCUGGCUGCAAACCAUACAUGGCUCCAGAAAGAAUAAACCCUGAGCUGAACCAGAAGGGCUACAACGUGAAGUCGGAUGUCUGGAGCCUGGGGAUCACAAUGAUCGAGUUGGCCAUUCUUCGUUUCCCAUAUGAGUCCUGGGGGACCCCCUUCCAACAGCUCAAGCAGGUGGUGGAGGAACCUUCACCCCAGCUGCCCACCGAUCGCUUCUCCAAGGAGUUUGUGGACUUCACGGCACAGUGCUUAAGGAAGAACCCCGCUGAGCGAAUGAACUAUUUAGAACUUAUGGAACACCCUUUCUUUACCUUGCACGACACCAAAGAGACUGAUAUGGCCUCCUUUGUGACAGAGAUCCUCGGGGAAGACUCCUAACUCCAACCUCACGGCUUCGUGCAGUCCCCUCCAUCCCAGCUUCCCCGCACAAGAGCGACUGAGGACUCGAGUUGAUGGUGGUUUGCACAAAUCUCACUUCCCCAGCCCGUGGGCAUCUGUGGCCCCAUCUGGCCUCGCCAUCUCUUUUCUCUUUGCCCUGUAAACGAAAUCCCCCAGGAUGAGCCUUUUGAAGCCAACACCUUUCCAACUAAGCCAUGGAGAUGGAAGGCUCAGGAGUUCCCUGCUGAUGCCAGCAUAUCCCUCCUGGGGAGAGGAUGGUGUCCUUGGUGCCUGAGCUGGGCCAGGGCAGAGUGUGCCAGGAGACAACUCCCCUCCCCAGCAGCACGGGGUACAGUGCAGGGCUUUGUGUGUCUUUGCUGCCUGAGGAAGACAGAGAGAAAAAAUAACCUUCUGCUGUGCUUGCCCCACUCCCCUCCCCUGCCUGUCAGGGCUUGCUCACCUGCCCGUUGUGCCCAGCUCUAGAGGCCCCCAGGAGCUUGCACAGCUUUCUGGGGGGCUGUGGGGCUCCCUGAGCACACCCACUGUUCACUCCAAGGGCUGUUUUAAUGCCUGGCUCAACAUCUGAAUGAUGUUCCAAGGCAGCACCAGACUGUCCCCCUCCCUCAAUCCGUAUGCUGCUCCCUUGGGGGGGGAACCCACCAUGUUUCAAGGAGCCACCUGGACAGAAGCUGCCACCCACGCUCACCCCGCGCCUGCCCACGGGGCCUCACCCAGCACACACUGCUCCCUUCCCCACACUGGCACCAGGUGACACAGGGGGACAAGCAGGUCCCUGGGCACUGCCUGUCUCCUCCUUCAAGCCCUGGGCCUGGGAGGACACAUCCCCAUUCCAGACAUCCAACGCCUUUCACAGCUCUGGCACCUGGAGUCUACGUUGCUCCAUCUCCCUUCCAAUUGCUCCAUCUCCCUUCCAAGCUGGGGCUCACGUAAGACCUCGCACUGUGACACCUGCUCAUUUUGGAGGCUGUAUUUUCACCCCUGUGUCCCAAACUACCUUCAACCCCUCCAGCUGCCCCCCGAGGCACCAGCCAAGAUCCAAACCCCACCGACUCGCGCGGGGGCUGCGACAGUUGUACAUUUUAUAUCUAUAUAUAAUGGACUUUGUAACAUGUUUCCUAGUUUUAAUCUAACUUGCUAUAAAUUAAAGCCCUUCAGCGUGGGAGGAGGGAGGAGCAGUUCCUUCUCCACUAACAAAUCCACUGUGAAAACCUGGUGUGUUUCCCUGCUCUCCCAGCCUGAGCAACCUGCACGGAGCUCCGGGAGCAAACGGGAUUUCUGUCUUCUACUGUAAAUGAUCACGGGAUAAAUGCACGGGCUGUGGGUUUUGUUGGGGUUUGUUUGUUUGUUUUUUUUAAUAGAUUGAGUUUUCAGAGGGGUUUUUGUUUUUUUUUUCUUUUCUAAUAUAUAUUUGUGUGUGUGUAUGUGUGUGCUAUAUAUAUAUUAUAUUUUUAAAUCAAUGAUGAAUGUGUGAAUGUCUAUGUGGCCAGCAGAUUUGGUGAAAUGGCUAGUGUUUUUCUGGCUAAAUUUGGGGUGGAGGGGAAGGGAUCAUUAGAAGACACCCUGCCCUAAGACUUUUUUUUUCUUGGUAAAAAAACCCAAACAAAACAAGAAAUGCAUCUGGUUUUUAGCUGAAUCUUUUAAAAAUGUGUUUUCCUGAAAUUCACACCCUGGAGGUCUGGAUUUCAGGGUGCAUUUCCAGCAUUCAGGGCCCCCCACCCAAUGAAGAAUGAUGUGCCCCUAAAUUAAUUAUCUCCCCACUCCUGGAGCUCAGGGUUUGAAGGCGAUGCUGGGGACCCUCUGCCUGGGAACAGGGCUGCUCCACCAUCUAUUCCUGUGAGCUGCUCCCAGGGGAAGCUGCUUCAGAGCAAAUGGUUUUUAGUGCUUUGUGCCCCCCUGCUGGGCACAGUUCCCCCCCCCAACACACACUGCUCCAGUCCUCCUCUCUGAGUUGAUAAACCCCGAGAGAACCAGCCCAGGCUGCAAGCUGGACAAACCCUGUUCAGCUUUGGGUUGACCUUGAAGCCCCCACCCUACCUCUUCGUGUAAAAUAAGGAAAUAAUUGAUGUUCCCCACGUCUCAGUCCUGCUCUGCAAACCACCCGAGGCUCUCCAGGAGCACCUGCUUUUUGGUUUGACAGCUUUUUGCAUCAGAUGUACAAUUGUCUUUUUUUUUUUUCUUCUUUCAUAGUUGGUUACUUCAGAUUGUUUUUCGUUUUGAGGUUGAACAUUUUUUCCCUCCCUCUUCUCUCCUUGUUUCAGCCCCUUUCCCCUUCCUCUGUCUCACCCUUUUUUGGUGCUUUGGAAAAUUAUGAUUUUUAUUUUUUUUUUAAUUUUUUUUUUUCCUUCUCCUUGCAUUUCUCCUGGAUAAAGUCCCAAUUCCUGUGUUUUGGGGAAGGGGAGCAUCUGCCCUCUCAAACACUGGGGAGAUGCCUCUAGGGUGGGCUUGGGACCCUGUGGAUGAAGCAAGGCUUUGCUGAAGAGGCAAACACAACCCCUCUGUGUGCCAUGCAGGGCUUACCUGUCCUGCUGCAUCCCCUCUGCCAGGGUGGGGGGAACCAGCCUGGCUUUAAGCUGGACGAGGAUUUUGACUUGCAGUGGAAACCCCUCUAGCCUUGUGUUCUUGAGAACAGUCUGUACCCAUUAAACCCAGUCAUUGGUUUCAAUAAAAUUCACCCUCAGAUCUGC